AUGAACAUAAAUCUUGACUCAGCCAAGGACACACUCUGUAAAAACAUUCUCAUCUACGGCCAUUGCAAAUUUGAAAACAAGGGCUGCGCUUUUGGUCACUCAACCUCCAAAUCACAAAAGUCAACAACAACCGCUCUCGAGCGUACUUCCCCCGUGCUGUCUCCCAUGUCUGUAAAUACCAGUUUGAACGGCAAAGCAGACACCAAGAAACGGUUCAAUUUUAACACCCCGUCUUUCCAGCCAUCUCCAGGUGCUGCUGCAUCUGCUGCCAGUGUCGGCUCUUUAACAGGUAAGUUCUCCGGACUAUCACCCAAACUUGAUAAAAUUCCUACGUUUGUGCCCAGCGGAGAAUCCAAUGAAGGGCUUCGGGCGUCUAGUGUGACACCAAUUGGGGCAGCUUCUCGGAAAUUCAACACUUCUGCGUCGGUGUUCACGCCCAGUACGUUUGAAGCAUCUUCGCCUUCUGUUAACAUCACACCAAACCCAUAUGCCAAUCCUCCAUCUUCUGCGGGAAACCAAUCCAUUUCAAGUAUGGGCAGCAAUGACAUGUAUUACCAACACACCAGCACAAACUAUCCACUCAAUUACCAUCUCUAUGCCCCUGCUCCUCCUCCUCGAUUAAUGAUUCCGUUACCUUCACACCAAACCAAUUCUCAAGAAAUGUUCAUCCCCAACGACUUACGUGAAACACUCCAAAGAAGAAAUGAGACCACUCUCCAAACACUCGGUGGACUCAGCAACUUGCCUGAUAAUGUGGGUGCUUAUCACUCUUUGAUGCCUGUUGACAUGGAGACAAAGUCUUCGGUAUUUGGGGUCAAUUCGGCAGUGUAUAAAGUGUUUUCGAAUGUGGAUGGACUUGCCUAUGCUCUACGGAAGUUUGACCAUAGUGACACCAUUCAAAUAGAUAACAAGGGUCCUUUUAAAACCGUUGAAAGGUGGAAACGCUUGCAAAACAGUAACAUUGUGGGGUUGCACGAUUGUUUCACGACCAUUGCCUUUGGAGGAAACAGAUCACAGUUAUGUGUGGUAUAUGACUAUUAUCCGAACGCAAAUACCCUUCUGGAACAGCAUAUCAAUCGGAAAUUGGGGUCCAAACUUGAGCCUAUUAAUGAAGACAUUCUUUGGUGCUACAUUAUUCAAAUAACUAACGCACUAAUGGAUAUUCACAAAAGUCGGUUGGCGGCUCGAUCAGCAUUGAACCUAAGUAAGAUUCUUGUGGUGGGAAAAAACAGAAUCAAGUUAUCCAGCUGUGGUAUUGACGACAUUUUCAAUCAUGAAUCAGAUGACACUACCACGGUUCAAGACCUACAAAAGCAAGAUCUUGAGCGGUUUGGAAAAGUGGUGUUGUCAUUGGCGUUGUUAAUGCUCCCAGGAUCACCAUCAUCACGUGGUACCCAAGACCAGAUCAAUAGCUUGAAAGGUGUGGUUGGAGAUGAGAUGAUUGACCUUCUCGUAAAGUUGAACAUCGGCUUUAUGGACGUUAAUUUGGACAAGUUCAACCAGUUUUAUCUCAGUAAGAGACUGAUUAAGAUGAUCAAUGAUCUACAGAAAUCCCAAGACUAUAUAGAAAGCCAACUCACUAAUGAGGUUGAAAAUGCCCGUCUCUUCAGACUCAUUUCUAAGAUCAACUUCAUCGUUGACAGUCCCCAUUUGCUCUGGAAAGAGAACGAAAAGGUGAACUUGAUCAAGCUUUUCAACGACUACAUUUUUCACCAACACGAUGAGUCCAAUAGGCCUAUUAUCGAUUUAUCCCGGGUGUUGAUAAAACUUAAUAAGCUAGACUGUGGUAUAGAAGAGCGAUUCAUGUUGGUGUCACGAGAUGAGAAGCUUUCGAUUCUUGUCAGCUACAAAGAGUUGCGAGACAUAAUCGACAGCUGUUUCCGGGAAUUAGCAAAGUAA